CAUCAGUCAGGUGGGAGCUUGUACUCCCGAUCUGUAAACUACAAAAUAUUUUUUUGUCCCACUUUCCAUUUCAAAGGAAGUGAAAAAAAAACAAUCAAAACAAAUGAACGAAAGAAUCCACAGCAUUAAACAAGGAAAAGUUUGAAUGUCGUCACCACUGAUAUCCCCAUUGUGAAAUUACAAGUAGUGAUGGAGUUGUCUGAAGCGACGCUAUGCAAUAAAUUGCGGCGCGUACAUCAAAUAUGUUCAGUUGGCAAACGAGCAUAAUCGUUACAAGACUAAGUAAAAGAAUUCUUUAUCAAACACAAGACGCAAGAAGCUUACGAAAAUUUCUGCAACACAAAGGAAAUCUGAUUUUUAACACCACCAUCCAAUAUUUCAAAACUCAACCAAACAUGUCCGUGUUCGGCGCCGAAUUUGAUGAAGUUUGGCCAAAAACCGGGUCGACCAUGGAAUUAACCGAUUUUGGGAAAAAGUUGUUGCAUAAAUGCUUAAAAGUGGAAAAACCAGAUGGGAGUCAUAUUGACAUUCAAAGUUUCAUCAAAAAGUCAUCCAACUUCCCUGUGGAGUUCGGCACCAAUACCUGUCGUAUCAUCAGUCAGCCAAAAGAGCGUUAUCCGGAAAUUCAGAAACAAAUCGCUUCUGCCUAUCCGAUAAUACAUGAACGAGUUUUGGGCUUAUACCUGGCUUUCUUGGAACAUAAAUGCAAAUACGGCAACGAUAUCGAACGCGCAAUCUACACUGAGAUGACACUCACUGACCUGGUGCAGCGCCUGCUGAUAAAGCGUUGUGUGGCCUUUGUCGGCAAUUCCGAUGAAUAUCUCUUGAUAACUGGACAAAUGGGUUUCGGUGGAUUUCACGAUGUCGGUACCACCGCUGAGCGCGCGGAGUUGAAACUAGAAAAUGUGCUCAGUUAUGAUGAAAUAAAGCUUUCGGCUUUUCUCUCCGUCUCUUCGCACACUGAAUUCCUCAAUGAUGGGGAUCGCUUUAAUGCGGGCGUAAUUGAAAUGGAUAAAAGUAAAAUUGAAGUGGCGGGUGUUGUCAUCGGCAUGAUCGGUGGUCGCUUCGAGGUGAUGAAUGUGAUGGAGUGGCAAGAUAUUAUGAUCACGCCCAUGCAGAAUACCAUACAGCAGGGCUAUAGCUAUGCAGUGGGCGAGGCAGCGCAGGCGAACAACAACAACAAUCGCAUUGUCGGCUAUCGUCAGCUGUGGUUACGUUUCUACGAAGAGCAAGACAAACUUUACGAAAAAGUGAACCUGUUGGAUACGCCCCGCUACUUCAAGGUGCCACACACUGAUUUCAUAUUCGACAAUGUGACAAUGAAGAAGCGUUACGCCAUCUCUUUUGACACACUGCUGCUAGAGGCAGAUGCGCGUGGUGUUGCAGCGGACCGACAGGUGUAUCUACAUGUGGUCGGCAUCGGGUUGGGCGUUUGGCGUGCGGUGGAGCAUCAGUGUGAGAUAUUUUUGGAAGCGUUUGGUGAGCGCUUGCAGGAGCUCAUUCCGCGCUUGUCUCAUGUAGGAGUAGUGCAUUUUUCGCAUUUCCACGCAAGCGCUUGUGGUAUACUAAAGAAUGGCGGCAUAAUUGCAGAGGAAACACAUUCAGCUGGUGGCAUUAAAAUGCUGCUGAGCGAUCGUAAUCCUGCGCAGAAGUUGUCGCCGGAAUACGAAAAUAUGCUUGUAGUGGAAUCUUAUGCUUGGGACGGAAACGCUUUGCCAGGCAAUGAAUUUUGGAUGGGCUCUCUGAGCGGUUCGGGCGACCCAGCUGCUGCUUGCAGCACCCUGAUCACUGAGCUACACAAUCCGCAUAUAAACUCAGAAAUGGUGAAUGGUGAAAAUUUGCAUGUGGCCUCAGAUCGCUUUGGUGUUUUGCAUAUUGGAGAAUUUUCCAAGAAAUUUUUGGGACAAACUUUAAACUAAACCAAUUUUUAAUUAAUUUCUUCUAGUUCACGGCCCAAAAGGAAAAAGUGUAUAAUAAAAUCUACUGGAAAUGUGAGGUGUAGGCAAAUGAAUUGAAUUAAAUAAGAAAUGUAUAUAAAAAUGCUACUGAAUUAAGAAAUGAAUUAAUAAAUAAAGAAAUAGGUACUAUUUUAAUGUGCGA